AUGCGUAUUGGAUUUCGGGGUUCAAGGGAAAACGCCAUAUUGGAAUCACCGUAGUGUAAGCUAACAGUUUACAGCUAGCGGUUUGAAAAAGGACCACUUAUUGAUCCCCGGUUGCUUGGGCGUUUUAGCACUUUUGCUUCUCUCUCCAUUUUCUACAACCCCUUUUUUCUGGGAGGCUAUCUAAGUCCAGGAACGCGUGUUUACUGAACUGGGAACACGUUGAUUUGCGAGAAAGGGGGUGUUUAAAAAAAUAAGUUGAAUGGAUCCGAGGGUUGCUUGGAUUCAGCCGGAACAGAAAGGACCUGCGAACGCCUUAUGGAUGCAUGUCUGGGAAACGUCUCAGGUAGUCCGGGCUAAUUCCGGUCAGCAUCACAACCACCACAAUAUCUGUGUCAAUUCACCGGCGUUGGACGGUUUUAAAAAUGUUGCGGCCGCGGCGACAUCAAGCAAAGGCGUCUGCAGCAGCAACCCAGCUACCACCGUAAGCAGCCACCAGAGCAAUGCAAAUAACAGCACUAACGUUAACUCGCGAAAUGGCACUGUAAUACCUGGAUUUUUAACGUUACCAAACGGCAGCGCUCAAAACUGUAUGAUUGCUUCAUCGUUAAACGCCAAUGGAGUAAAGGUAGGUGUCGAGGAGGCCAAAAUGUCUCUAAAGACGGGCUCAGUUUCUUCGUCGUCCUCAGUGGAAUCUGGAGCGGACAGUCCAUCUUCCAAUUGCUCUUUGGGAAGGACUAGUAGCAAUGUUAACGUUAGCGGCAAUGUUCUCACAGGGAAUAUGAACAGGAAUGCCGGGGGUCCCAAUUUGUUUUUUAGUUUCAGUGAGAAUAUGUUUAACAAUGUCAACCAUCAUCACCACCACCACCACCACCAUCAACGCCAUUCCCAUCAGGAGCAACAGCAGUACAAUAUUCAACAAAAUUGCAUCAAGCGCCACCCGUUUAACCCGUCUGCAAUCCAUAAUCACAGUCACCACCAUCCAGGCCGAAGGAAAAGUGACAACAAGGCGAGCACGUAUGGAAUAAACUACCAGCUGUCUAAUUUGAGUAAUGGCAAUUAUGUCAGUUCUGGGACGCCGUGGAAGACGAGAAGAUACAGCGCUGGGGUGGACGGGCUCCAUGAAGAGAUUGUGGACUUCUACAACUUCAUGUCCCCUCGACCGGAGGAGGCGGCCAUGAGGAAGGAGGUGGUGGACCGGAUAGAGACUGUUAUCAAGGAGCUUUGGCCCACUGCAGAUGUGCAGAUUUUUGGUAGCUUUAGCACUGGCUUGUAUCUCCCUACCAGUGACAUCGACUUGGUGGUCUUUGGCAAAUGGGAGAGGCCCCCGCUUCAACAGUUGGAGCAGGCACUCCGCAAACACAACGUGGCUGAGCCGUACUCCAUUAAAGUACUGGACAAAGCUACGGUACCCAUCAUCAAACUGACUGACCAGGAGACGGAGGUGAAGGUGGACAUCAGCUUUAACGUGGAAACCGGCGUCAAAGCUGCACGCUUUAUCAAGGAUUAUGUGAAGAGGUAUGCCGUGCUGCCUUACUUGAUCUUUGUGCUGAAGCAGUUCCUCUUGCAGAGAGAUCUCAACGAGGUCUUCACUGGAGGAAUCAGCUCGUACAGCCUCAUCCUCAUGGUCAUCAGCUUCCUGCAGUUGCACCCGCGCAUCGACACCAGGAAUCCCAACGUAAAUUUCGGCAUGCUGCUGAUCGAGUUCUUCGAGCUGUACGGCCGGCACUUCAACUACGUGAAGACGGGCCUCCGCAUAAAGAACGGCGGCGCCUACAUGGCCAAGGAGGACCUCAUGAAGGCCAUGACCAACGGCUACCGGCCCUCCAUGCUCUGCAUCGAGGACCCCCUCCUGCCAGGGAAUGAUGUUGGGAGAAGCUCGUAUGGGGCGAUGCAGGUGAAGCAGGUGUUUGACUAUGCCUACAUCGUUCUGGGCCAUGCCGUUUCGCCACUGGCCCGAUCAUACCCGAACAAGGACACUGACAGCACUUUGGGGCGCAUCAUCAAGGUGACCCAGGAGGUCAUCGACUACCGGGAGUGGAUCUUCCAGAAGUGGGGCGGCCGCACGGAACGGAACACAGGCGUGGUGCAUACGGAGUCUGUGGAGGUGGCGGACCCUGGCUCCCUGCUAGGCGUAUGUGGAGAGGAGCAGCAGCAGCAGAGGGACUCCGUGUCGCCCCUCAGCGCCGACUCGCCCAUGUCCCUGUCCAGCCCCCAGCAGCACUCAUCGGCCUCUUCCGCCUCCUCACUGUCCGGCAGUGACAUAGAUUCAGACUCGACCCCUUGCGUGGCACCACCGUUGCCCCAAUACCCACUCCAGACACUGGCACUGGCCGCCCUGCCCCCUGCACUCCAGAUGGGCACGGGCAAACCCAACCUCAGCGCAGCACUGGCCAUGGCCCCCAUCUCGCAGGGGCGACUGUCCAUGCAGGGCGGGCUUCCUCUCCACGCCUUGCCUUGCAGACAGGUGUGUAUGGCAGACGGACUACCCCCACCACCACCCCCAUACCUCCAUAUGUCCUCCCCAGCCGCCCCCCCUGCCCCCCCCAGCCCUCUGCCCAGUCCCCACCUUCAUCACAAGCAGAAUGGGCCAAAGUUCCCGCUGAAGGGCUUCCACAACCCAGCAGUGGCCCACAGCCCCGUGCUGGCCAACCGCAACGGACAUGUGCAGUACAACCGCAACACCUGGCGCCGCCGCAAGAGGGAGAGUCUGCCCGCCAGCGUCAGCAGAUAGGACCACCCUCCUACAACGCCCCCCCACCCCACCCCCGCGCCAAACGCCCCCCACCCAAGUUUUCCCCUCCGUCCCAUCACUCUCCUCUCCCUAAUGGUGGUCUGUCCUGUCAAGGGUGACUGCAGCAGUGCAGGGGAAUACAGACAAACUAACUCACCGCCACCCCCUGCUGCUGGUACUGGAGAAGGACAGUGGAGACCCAGCUGGCAGAGGGAGGUGGACAGCCUGGCAGCCCGGACACGGAGCGAGCGAGUGAACAAGCCUCUCGCAAACCAGCCUUGGUGUGCGUCUUCCACUCUCUGUGUGUGUGUGUGACAAGACAUGUGCACACAUGUACGGACGUGUGUGUGUGUGUGUGUGUGUGUGUGUGUGUGUGUGUGUGUGUGUGUGUGUGUGUGUGUGUGGUUGUGUACGCACGGACACGCACUCCUGCGUCUCUCCCACCCCCUCGUCUGGUCAGUGGAGGUAUUUGUGGCGGUGUUGGUGGUGCUAUCUCUCAGUCUGCCGCUGAAUCUCUGCAUGUUUGUUUUUUCUUUUUGGUUUCAUUUCCCUCCGCUUAGUCAAACGGUCUGGCUUCAAACAAGAAGAAAAGGUGUGUCUUAAAAAAAAAUUUAAAUAAAAAAGAACAAAAAAAGACAAAAUAGAGGAAAAAAAGUUAAAAAAAAAAGGAUAAAAAGGAAGAAAAAAAAUACGCACUCCUCCUCGCUGUGGAUUGGAACUGUUCCUGGUUAUCAGUCUGUGACUCCUCGUUCACUGUAAAAACAAAAAGAUUCAUUUUACUUCUUUCACUUUGUUUUUAAAUGUUCUGUUAAGCAUUCAUUGCCCCUAGCAUUUUUUUUUUCUUUCUCUUUUUGCGCUUUUCUUUUUCACUCGUAUUGUUUAGCCUAAAAGGACACCAUCCACAGGUAGGAGGAGCCAGAAUUCAGUGGAUUGUAAGUGAUUUGUCAUGUUGAUGGCUUGUUUGGGCUGAAGCAGUUUGAAGGGAAGAAAGGGAUGUAAUUUUGCCUAAACCACAGCCACUUUGUGUGUGUGUGUGUGUGUGUGUGUGUGUGUGUGUGUGUGUGUGUGAGAGCGAGCUUGUGUGACACUGUUUAAGAACUGCAGCCAAGCUGCCUUUUAGGCAUGUCAGUUUUGACUGUCCAACGUACACGAGGAACGAGCCGUUUCUUAUUUGUGCAAUAACUUUUCGUUUCUUUUUUCCUUUGAAAAGAUGUUUAUUUAAUUUUGUCUAGCUUCUUUUGUUUGUUUUAUUUUGUUACCAUUUUAAAGAUUUUUUUUAUUUUUGUAGUGUUUUUAAUUUUGUUCAAAAGUUUACAGAUCCCGUCAAAGGAUCGACUCCUUGCUUGACUUGAAGGUCUGUUUUUUAUUUUAAUUUCUCAGAGCUGGGCUGUAUUUUAAGGGUGUGAGCGUGUGUGUUUUGCAUGUGAGAUUUGAGAGUGAGAGAGUGUGAGUGUGUGUGUUUAGUUGGUGUCUCAUUAACCCCCCCAGAAGCAGAUGAGUAGGUGUGGAGGGGGGGUACAUGGGGGCAUUUGUCAGCCAGAGCAAGUCUGCACUCUAGGUAGUGCUCUUGAGAGUAGGCUCCCUUUCAAGCUGCAGCCCUCAUCAUACCUCCAAGAUGUCUUUUUAAUCUCUCUCUGUGUGUGCGUGUGUGUGAUGUGAUUUACAGGUGUACGUCCAUUGGACUUGUGUUUACUCACAUAAUGGUUCUGAUGGGAUUCAUUUGCCUCAGUCCCAUAUCCCCCCCUGAGUGUUCAGCCAGAUGUUCUGGCCUUGUUCAUUUUGUGUGUGUACUACUCACCCCUCUUGCCCUAUAGCAGAGGACGUAGUCCUCAGUCAAGAUGCCCAAUUGAGUUUAGCUCGUACAUCAGUAUUUGUGUCAACAUAAGUGAGUGUUUGUUUUUGCAUGUUUCUUUUGUUUGUUUGUGUGUCUGUGUUUUUGUCUUUUUUUCUUUUUUCUUUCCUUUUCUUUAAUUGACAUGGGAGAGGAUGUUGGAGAGGGACGGGUAGGCUGAGGACGGUUUGAGAGGCCCUUUAGAUCAGUGCAGCUUUUUAAUGCUAAGUGUCAACUUCAGACACCAGUUGGUGCCCCAGAUGAAACAGACCUUGAGGACAAAGGGAAAAUAAUUUUGAUUCCUUUCUGGAAUCUUAUUUGUGCAUUUAAUUGCCAGGUACUUUUUUGAUGUAUGCAUCACGUCUGUGCAUUCUUUUAUUUGUGUGUGUGUGUGUGUGUAUGUGAGAGGUGUAUGUUUGGUUGUCCCCUGUACUGUACUGUAUUGUUUCCGUGGGUACAUGGCACGCAUUUGUAUUGCCGUUGCUUUGGGAAUGCUACAGGCAUAUGCAGUUCAGUUACUAUGCAAGUGGAUUGUUUUUGUUUGUGUCUAUAGUUUGGAGUAUCUCCUCUUUAAACCUGUAACAUUAGUGUGUGUGCUGGACAGCAGAAGAGGAACUGCGAGACGAGGGUGAGUGGGAGCGAAAGGGAACGAGUCAGGCACCUGCCUGUGGUGGCACUUUUGAAGAAUGGACGCUUGGAUGGCAGGUGCUCGAGAACUCUGUAUGCAAGUUACUGUUUUCUUCGUCUCCCCCUACCCCCCCCCCCCCUUCCUUGAACUUUGACAUUGUUGCGUCAGUCCAGCGGCGUUCUGGAGAGAACUGUCCCUGCUGGUUCAACGCUGAGGCGGUAUCUAUGGCACCCCCUUACAAAAAACACAAAACGGACAAAAAAACAAAAAGGACUUAGGCUGGCACCUGUUCUGUGACCUGAAUGACUGGGGUGUCGCACCAAACUCGAUGUGUGAAGUGCUUCAUUUUCGUCUUCAGAAAGUCAUCACUUGACAUCAGAUACAGUAUUAAGAAUUUUGUGUGAGCUACAGGAGAUGUUUGUGUAAUCAUUUUUUUUUUUUUUUUCCACUUGCCUGCCCGUCAAUGCAAUAUGACAAAAAUGUAACACUUCAGAAGGGCAGUUAGCUGCUUUUAGAUAGAACCAGCAUCUUUUUCGGGGAAGGCCAAAGGUCAAGAACAGAGACAGCCGGCAGUGUACAUUGGUGUCUGAGGGUGACGCCCCAACAUGGCACUGUAGCCUUCCUUUUUCCUGAAUGAAACUCAACAAAAAAAAAAGUGAAGUGGUGACCUUUUUUUGCAUCACUUUGGUUUUAAAAAAAUGGGUGGCCAUAAUACUGCUAGAUACAAUGUGACACUCCCCAUUGUGUAUCCAAUGAGGGAAUUUUAAAUGUAAAAUGUUUUUUUUUUGUUUCUUCAAAAGUCACGGUGGCCAAAAGCACUCCAUCCCAAAGUAACUCCCAUUCUCCCCUCAACCCCACCCUUCCCCCACCCUACACCCCAAACCCCUCGAACAUGGCCACCCCCGCAACCAAGAGGUCUGAGGAACUUUUUUUUUUUUUUUUUCUUCAAUAUUUUUAUGUAAAUUUUUUUUCUAUUUUAUUUUUUAAUAAACAUCUUAAAACAACCAAACUCAUGUUGUGCUCCUUAUUGUCUUUAACUUAUUUGUUUUGUGCGUUAAGCAUGUGACAAAUAUUAGUAGUUAACAAUUUUAUGUGCGAUUUAGAGUAGCAGUGUUUCGCCUCACAUGGUCAAGGGAACUUACAAGACAUCUCACUUAAAACGCUGUUUUACUGGAUCUAUUGUUGGUGAUGGUUAACAGAAAUGUUACAUUUGUUUAUAGCUUAAAAUGUACAUCUACCUACUAAUUACUACAUUAAAAUAUUUAGUUUUAGUAAUAAUUAGUUAACAAACACUUGAAAGGUAGCUUCAUGAUCCACAAGGGGGCAAUCACAACCUG